AACAACAACAACAACAACAACAACCUUCCACAGGAAGACUUUGUGCUAUUUCCAGCGUCGCAGCCUUCACCCAGGGACUCGCGUGCUCCAGCACCACGGAAUCUUACCCUUAAUUCUUCGGCCUCAGCAAAUCUUCUGGUCCCAUCUGGGCUACCUACUCGACGACACUCAUCAGCGGUACAUCACCGGCUUGCAGCCUCGCCUAGUCGGGUUCAAUCUGCCAGAAUAGCGCCUUACAGUUCCGGGUAUCAUCUGUCUACUACGUCUCCUUGGUCUCAUCCUUACGCACGGAAGCCAAAUUUGCGCCAGUACGCCGCGCCUGCCGCUUCGCCCUCUACUACCCACUUCAAUCGUCCUCCAGUUCCUCUUUUCAACGACAAUUCUACCACUCCAAAACUCCACGAUCAGAUCCUCAGAAAACAGCACAUACACUAUCUAAAGCGAUAUCAAAACUACCUCAAUAAACAGAAUCACCGCCGCAACAUGUCUACCUCCAACAUCCCCCAAGACCUCUCCGAACUCUUCGACUUCCACCCCGGCUCCAUGGAGGCUACCAUGCUUUCCCCUCAGAUGAUCUCCGGCAACUUCUUCGGCCAGGGAGUCGAGGCUGCUCCGGCCACUGUCUCGCCGCAGGACCUCUUCCUUGAUGCCUCGUCUCUCGCGCCUCCUCCUUCGGCCACUUUCACUGAUCUGAGCACUCCUCCUCUGGCUACGCCUGGCAGCUUCAGCCAGAACACUUCUCCUCUAUUCACACCUGAGAUGGAGUUGAUGACUUCGGUCGAAGACUGGGAUGCUUUGUUUCCCAUUUCGCAGGAGGUGAACCGUCUCGAUCAACUUAUCGACCCUGUCGAGAUGAUCCCGGCUAUGGACUCGGGCGAGAUGAUUCCUCCCUUGCCGCCUACCAAGUCUAUGGGUCCCCCGCAUUCUCCCAUCAUCAGGGAAAGCGCCUCGCCCAUCAUCAGGCAGAGGAAGUCUCCGGCUCCAGGCUCAGGUGUCGCAGCUCGCUCUAUCUCGCCUCCCACUACCCGCGUCAAGCACUCCACCGUCGCUGGUAUCAACAAGCACUCUACUGUCACUGGUGUCAACGGUCGUCAGCGCAAGGAACUGGCACCCAUCAAGUGCGAUCAGAGCGAUCCAGUCGCCGUGAAGCGGGCUCGCAACACUGAAGCGGCGCGCAAGUCGCGUGCUCGCAAGUUGGAGCGCCAAGAAGAGUUGGAGCGUCGCGUCGCGGAGCUUGAAGCUUCUCUCCUUGAGGCGCAGCAGAGUGAGCAGUUCUGGAAGAUGAAGGCUCUUGCCAUGGAGGGCCAGUAAAAAGUUUAUCGGAUUUUCUUGUGUAUGUUUGCGGGUCAAAGGGUUUUGUUUUAAUGUGUCUGUGCUCAUCGUGCACUUGUCGUUUAUUUGAGUCUUGUGGACGGGGGCGUCGAGCCUUUUGUCUGUCUCCCGUCGAUAGCAGUCGAUGACCUUCAAUCCUCGCCAUCAAUCACCGGCUGUUCGACCUGCUAUCGACGGGAUAAAAAGUUUUUACAUCUGUCACUUGAUCAUGAUCGGUCACCGUGCUUGUCUCGCUGCACUGCCGGACCUUGUGUUGUACUUCUCUUCAGGUGGGCUUGCCUCUUCAACAAGUCCUCCCUUUUGGUGUGUUUCGCUUCCUACCCCAGUCCAAUCAGCUGAGGGUCUCGUUCUUCGGAUAUGUCGUUUUGUUAAACGGCCGGUUCUGAUGUCUCCUGUAUAUAUGGAUUGACUCGUGGCCUUAAUAUCUCUCUAUUCCUGUGUUGAGUCUCAACAUUUGCUUUUGCUCC